CGGCCCCUUUAAAUCCUCCCCAGCUCGCUUGCGUCUCGCCUGUGUCGAGGCUUGCCUCGCUCUCGCGGGAUUUCCAGCCCCAUACAUAUAUUACCCAGCAUGCCCCGCUCUCUCUUUUUCCACCUCAAUCCAAGAUGCCGAAAGGAAAGAAGGCUAAGGGCAAGAAGGUGGCACCUGCCCCUGCUGUAGUCAAGAAGCAGGAGGCCAAGAAGGUUGUAAAUCCUCUCUUUGAGAAGAGGCCCAAGAACUUUGGCAUUGGACAGGAUAUCCAGCCCAAGCGUGAUCUAACACGUUUUGUGAAAUGGCCCCGCUACAUCAGACUCCAGCGCCAGAGAGCCAUUCUUUACAAACGUUUGAAGGUGCCCCCUGCAAUUAACCAGUUCACCCAGGCUUUGGACCGCCAAACAGCUACUCAGCUUCUGAAACUGGCUCACAAAUACAGACCUGAGACCAAGCAAGAGAAGAAACAGAGGCUGCUGGCUCGGGCUGAGCAGAAAGCUGCAGGAAAGGGGGAUGCUCCUACUAAGAGACCGCCUGUCCUCAGAGCUGGUGUCAACACUGUCACUACCCUAGUAGAGAACAAGAAAGCUCAGCUGGUAGUGAUUGCCCAUGAUGUGGACCCCAUUGAGUUGGUGGUCUUCCUGCCUGCCUUGUGCCGCAAAAUGGGAGUUCCGUACUGUAUCAUCAAGGGCAAGGCCAGACUGGGGCGGCUAGUCCACAGAAAGACCUGCACCAGUGUUGCCUUCACACAGGUUAACCCUGAGGAUAAAGGAGCCCUAGCCAAGUUGGUUGAGGCUGUCAAGACCAACUACAAUGACAGAUAUGAUGAGAUCCGUCGUCACUGGGGUGGUAAUGUGUUGGGGCCAAAAUCAGUGGCUCGCAUUGCCAAGCUUGAGAAAGCCAAGGCUAAAGAACUAGCCACCAAGCUGGGCUAAGUGUACUGGACUUGCAUUUUUCUGUACAUAAAAAAUAAAAUCUAAAACAGUG